GAUUCCCUGAUAGAUGGUUAAAAUGGCGAAAGCUUGUUCGACCCCAGCGAGCCACCAAAGUGUAGCACUGUAGGUCGGAACAUGUAGUAGCCGAACCUGGAUUUUUCUCUGUGUGUGUGUGUGUGUGUUUAUUUUUUUUACCCCCCAUCUAUUCACCUCACAUUGUUUUCUGCAAAGUGCUGGAAUAUUUUCUAGAAGUGUUUAAAUGGCAUCCACAAGGCGCCGCCGCCUUGUUCCUUGCUUUUUGGGAAUAUUCCUAAAUGCUUUAAUCGGUGUGAUGUGCGAAGCAGAGCUCUCCUUCACCCUGGAGCCCAGCGACAUCAUCGCUGUACAGGAGCAGCCCCUCAUGCUUCACUGCCAGGUGGACGGCAUCCCCCCAAUUACAACGCAGUGGAGGCAUAACGGCCUGCUCUUAACUCAGGACCAGCAUCAUACCACCUUCAUCAAUGGCUCACUCCUGAUCGGUCACUUCCAGAAGACCAAAUCCGAUGGCUCAUCUGACGAGGGCGACUACGAGUGCAUGGCCCAGAAUUCUUUUGGGCUGGUGGUCAGCCGUAAGGCCCGCAUUCAGGCAGCCACCAUGGCAGACUUCCAUGUCCAACCAGAGUCGGUGCAUGCCGAGGAGUCUGGUGUGGCUAGAUUCCAGUGCCAGAUCCAUGGCCUGCCAGAGCCUGUCAUCAGCUGGGAAAAAGACAGCCGUCCGGUGGACACCAAGGACGAGAGGUACACUCUGCUGCCUACAGGUGUUCUGCAGAUUACUGGAGUGCGUGACGAGGACAGCGGAAAGUUCUGCUGUGUGGCCCAUAACAGUGCAGGAGUGAAACACAGCACUGAAGCACUCCUCACCGUUUCAGGCUCCCAGUCAUCUGUUUACAAAGAGCCUAUGAUCCUGGUCGGUCCAGAAAAUCUCACCCUCACUGUUCACCAAACUGCCAUCUUGGAGUGUGUUGCUACCGGAUACCCUCGGCCCAUCGUGUCUUGGAGCAGACUAGACGGCCGUCCCAUCGGUGUGGAGGGAAUCCAGGUGCUCGGCACAGGGAAUCUGAUGAUCUCAGACGUUGGUGUGCAGCACUCAGGGGUCUAUGUGUGUGCUGCCAACAAACCAGGGACCCGUGUUCGUAGGACUGCUCAGGGACGUUUGGUGGUCCAAGCUCCAGCAGAGUUUGUUCAACCUCCGCAGUCCAUCGCUCGUCCUGUCGGCACCAACGCCAUCUUCACCUGCCAAGCGCAGGGCGAGCCUGAGCCCCAGCUCACCUGGCUGAAGAACGGACAGAUUCUGGAGCCCAGGGGUCACGUCAAACUCAGGAACAACAACAGCACACUGACGAUCUAUGGCAUUAGCCAGAAUGAUGAAGCUAUCUACCAGUGUAUCGCUGAGAACAGCGCUGGCUCCACACAGGCCAGUGCGCGCCUUACGGUGCUCUGGGCUGAUGGACUGCCUGGUAUGCCAACCCAUGUGCAGGCUGAGGCCCUCUCACCCACCACCAUCCAGGUAUCCUGGAGGGAGCCCGAUCAGAACACCCAGGAUGUCAUUGGUUAUGUGCUCCACAUCCGCAGGACCUCAGACCCAGUGGAGAUGGAGUAUGAGGAGGCUGUCAGUAAGGUGACGCUGCAGCAGAUCAUCAGAGACCUUGAGCCCUCCACCAGUUACACCUUCUACGUCAAGGCGUACACAUCCCACGGGGCCAGCAAUCCAUCGGAGAAUGUCACUGAGAGCACUCAUGGGGAGGUGCCAGCACCGCCCUCCCUCUACACCAAGGUGGUGAACAGCAGUGUUGUGCAAGCAACGUGGGAGCCUUCCUCUAAAAUGGGCCAACAUCAAGGCUUCAGGCUGUAUUACAGAAGAGCCCACACACCUCUCUUUACUGGUCCCAUCACCUUCCCUCACAACGUCACCCAGUACAACAUCGCUCAGCUGGAUCCUGCACUGGUCUAUGAAAUAAAGCUACUUGCGUACAACCAACACGGAGAUGGCAAUGCCACUAUUCGAUUUGUUUCACUUCGGGAGGCGGUGGAGAAAUCUGUACUGGACACCCCGUGUGAUUGUGUCAAAGAUGAACAGAGUAAAACAUCCACUACAGGCAUUAUCAUCGGCAUUCACAUCGGAGUCACCUGCAUCAUCUUCUGUGUGCUCUUCCUCGUCUUCAGCUACCGCGGCAGGUUAAUGAUCUGUAAGACGGUUCAGGCCACCCCCCAGGCAGGGCACAGUACAGUGCUCGAAUCCUCAUCCUCUUCCCAGGGGGCUGCUGGGCUGAACGGGGCUGCCAGGAGAGAGAUGGAGGUCAAUGGCAGCGCAGCAGGGAAUAAAGUGGUCGACAGCAACGAGCUGGAGAGACUUUUCACUCAGCCCAACACACAAGACUCAUGCAUGUCCGACUCCUACAUGCUGAACAACACCCAGCUGUCUACGAUACCACUGGACAAGUUCGCGAUGGAGCGGGACACAGAGACACAGUUCCAGGAGCCUCCUCCAGCAGCAGCGGGUCACCACGACCAAGGCUAAUCAUGUAUGAAGGCUAAUUUACCUGACACUGUCCACAGUGUCCACUUAGACUCUUCUCUCACUCAGGUUGACAAGUGUUUCUUUUCAAAGUAGUUUUUUUCCUUUUGUGCAAAGAUUUUUUUUUUUAUAGGUAAAUUAAUAAGUUCUAGAGGAUCUAGGACUGUGUAUCGGAGUGUUUUUGGCCUUGAUUUGGAGAGCUCUCCUCUGAUGGAUGGCUGUUUCUAGCUAGGCCAGUUAAAUGUUCUUUAUUUUUACAGUUUUACAUUUGUAGGGCUGUCACUUUAAAACAUAAAUAUAUAAAUAAAUUUGGACAAACACAUAAUUUGUCCAAAGUAAUAUGUACAUAAAUUGGCCUUUUCAUGAGCUCCUGGCGCAGCUCCUGAUAAAUCGAUCAGAGCAGCUUUGUACGCUAGUGUCCCCAGCCACUUCAGAUCCACUGAACUACUUCAAACCCCCUGUUGCAGUUAUAGAAAGACAAUUUUGGUUUCGAACAGUUAAUUACAGUUGAAAUAUUUAAUUUUUUCACACAUAAAAAAAAGAUUUACAAAUUUUAAACAAAAAGUGACAGCCCUAGUUCAUGUAUUCAUUUUCUGGUGUUGGGCAGCACAGAAUGGAGGCCCCAGAAUGUCCUUGCUAUACAAUGAUGAUUUUAUUUUUAAGUUUAUAUAUAUAUAUAUAUUUAUAUAUAUAUAUAUAUAUAUAUAUCUUUAUCAUCUAUACGUCAAAGUGGUUAUAAGUUAUUGGUCUUAUCUCUACUUUUCUGUGGAUGUCAAAGACUUCUGCUGCCUGCUCUCACCUACCAAUGAUUCCACCUUCUCGCUCACAGAAGACCUCGGCCUUCUUCCAGGGAUUCGAUAUAUUCUGUCUCAGGACUUUGUUUCAGUGAUAUCAACAUUUUUUAUGAGUUCUCAGCCUUCAUACAGGCACUAGACUUGGCUGUGUGAACCUUACGAUUCAACAAAAACCUACCUCAGCCGGAAUGAAUGUGUUGCGGGAAGCUUUUAGGGACUUUACCUUCCCCUGUGCUCACAAUUACUUUACAUGCGGAGGAACUGAUUGGUUUUAAAAUUACAAGAUCAGGUGCCGCACUACCUCAGAUGUCAAGAAUCUCCUCUCUUCUCCUGCUUGUCGAAGCAAAACGAAAAAACGAGUAUCCAACGUGAAGCACUUCCAAAUGCUGAAGUUAAUGUUCUACCUCAAGAUAACAAUGUUGAUGUUGUCGCUGUUGUUGUUGUUGUUUGUCUGUUUAUUGCAUAAUGAAAAACCCUCUUCCCGCCCCCUCUGUGAAACCCUCGCUUUCCUCUGUUGAUGAAUAUGGUGUUUGUAGAGUUCAGUGUCAGUACCUCAUGCAAGUUGACAGACUGAUAACACUGUUGUAUGAAUUACAGUAUUUUAGUAAUGUGUAUGGAUUAUGUUGUUCCAUUGUAAGCAAUUUGUUUUGUUUUGUUUUAAAGAUCAUAAUACCUUUUUUUUUUUUCCAAACAUAGUUGCUUCAGUUGAAUGAAAAGACCAUUAGAGAUACACUGCGUUGUUAAUGAUUGUCAGGACUAUUUACUGCUGACUGAGAUGUGACACAUUAUGUUCAAUUGGAUAUGAGUCAAAAUAAUGUAAUACACAGACAUCAUAUGUGUUUAAAAUUAGCUGUGUGCAUGUGUAAUUGUGUGUCGGUUUGUGUGCAGAUAUUUUAUUGACUGAAUGAAUGUUUUCAUACAUAUUAUCAUGUAUGUAAAAAAAAAAAAGAAAAGCUAAAAGAUGAGCACAAGUCUUAUCAAAAUGUCCCAAAACAUUAUCCUACUGUUGUUUUUGUAAUGACUUCAAGGAAUAGUUUGACAUUUUCUGAAAUAGGCCUGUUGUUGGCAGCUAGACGACACUGACCUUGUGUUUCUUUGUUAAUUAUAAACCUAUAGCGAGUAGGUGAUUAGCCUAGCUUAGCAUGUACAACAUGUAACAUGAUAAUUAUUGAGCUUUAGAGGUGCUUGGAGACAGGUUUUUUAACAUUGGACCAAGCUUUGCUUCAGUUCUUUAUGCCAAGCUAAGCUGUUUGCCUCCCAACUCUAGCUUGUGUAGAAACAGGGGAAACAGUAACAAAUCUAUCUAGUAGCACCUCUGAAGUUCACUAUUUAGCACAUUAUAUCUUGUUUGUUUUGUCCGUACAAAAAUUGAAAUUAAGUAUAAAAAUGACCACUUAUAAAAACAACUAAAUUUUUUACAGAAGUUUGUGCCAGAUUAUUUAUUAUUAUAUAGAACUACUCAGAGAUUUUUAACAAACAGACUCGAGAGUGGUAUCAUCUCAUCUAACUUCAUGUCAGUAAGCCAAUACCCAUACAAUAGUGUGUACUGUAUUUCCCAAAAUGUUCAACUAUUCUUUCAAAAACACAGAAAUGACAGUGGUAUUGAUCUUUCAAAAAGAACACAAAUAAGCUAUUUCCCAAAAUGUUGAAAAGUAUUUCUUUAAUUUAAAUUGACAGCAGUGUAUCUCUAAGCUUUGUCUGAAUA